AUGUCCCCCAUCGUCCUCCCCUCUGAGUCCACCGCCCAGCCUGCAAGCCCCCUCUUUGCCCUCACAAACCGCACAGUCGCCAUCACCGGCGGCGGGCGCGGCCUCGGCGUCACCCUCACAAGCGCAGUCCUCGAAGCCGGCGGUGAUGUCGCCUGCUUGGACCUCCUGCCUGCCCCCAGUGCCGAAGAAUGGGCAGCCGUGCAGAAACUCGCCGCUGCAAGGGGGCUGCAGGCAACGUAUGUCCAGUGCGAUGUGACAGAUGAGGUUGCAGUCCAGGCAGCACUAGAGAAUAUUGCAGCCGUUGGGCUUGGGCGAGGGAUGCCGCUCAGAGGGUUGAUUACUUGCGCGGGGAUUCAGCAGAUGGUCCCGGCGUUGGAGUAUCCGGUUGAGCUUUGGAGGAAGAUGUUGGAUGUCAAUGUUGUCGGGACGUUUAUUCCUGCUAAGCACUGUGCGCAACUCUUCAAGCAACAGGGGACGGGAGGAAGCAUUGUGAUGAUUGCGUCCAUGUCUGGGCAGAUCGCGAACCGGGGCUUAACAUGCACCGCCUACAACUCCUCCAAAGCUGCUGUGCACCAGAUGUGCCGCUCUGUCGCGCAGGAAUGGGGCCAGUAUGGUAUCCGCGUAAACACAUUAUCGGCCGGCUACAUCCGCACAGCGAUGACAGACGCGCUCUUGGUAGCCAAGCCCGAAGUCGAGGAGACGUGGAUGCGCGGCGCCCUGUUAGGCAGACUCGGUGUCCCUGACGACUUCAAGGCGCCGAGUGGGUUAAACGAGUGGUCAUCCAAGUCUGCAUCAUAG